AUGGGUACGAUAAUUUUUGCAAGCACUGUGGUUCGAAGUGCUGUCAAACUAAAUCAUAUGCCAGAUUAUAUACGGAAACGAUCGUUUCCACUGUCCAGCAAGACGCUACGUAGCGCAAUUGAACAUUUGCCCAGCGUUAAUACCCGCCGACUGAGAACUCAGAAAUAUAUAGCAUAUGCUAUUCUGAUCCCUUUGAAUUUGACUCUGAUGCACCUAUUUUCAAACUACAUCCGGAAUUUCUGGUGGCUUUAUCCACUGAUUGCGCUACGACCCGUGGUUGACUUCGUUGAGAUGACCUCCAUCCUCGUCUUUGGCCUUGUUCGGUACCUCCGACCGACACUUCCCAAGAUGCCCGAAACACCAGAAAGCUUUGCAUACCUCCUCUGUUGCUACAAUGAGACAUAUGAAGAGAUGAUGGUCUCACUAGAGUCCUUGGCUGCACAAAAGUCGGUGGAAGAUCACAAGAAAGUUAUCAUUGUAGUCUGCGAUGGUCGCGUUAGCACUAAAGGCAUGACCAAGACGACUGCAGCCCAUCUGAUUGAAGAUAUCAUUGAGCGUCCCACCAGCAUUCACAUGUCUGACGCCUACACUUCAUGGGACGGCGCCUCUAUGAAAAUCGAGCUCGUCAAGGGAGAAUUCAGAGGCGUGCCGAUUGUCUGCCUGGUCAAAAAUGAAAACCGAGGCAAACGAGAUGGAGUCACUCUCAUGCGAUCUUUCCUCUACAAAUUCAACCAACGUAAAUCGAAUCCGGAACUGGGAAUGCUCGGCCCAGAACUCUUCACCGAACUCUCUGGUUUCCUCGAAAGCUUAUCAAUCCAAAAUGUUGACUACGUCGUUGGCAUCGAUGCGGAUACUCGAUUCGAUGACAAAUGCGUCUCCAAUCUCAUUCAAACUGUGAGAGAAGGUGACAGAAUUAUUGGCGUGACUGGCUUCAUUCGACCCGACCCAACCGACGUGUCACCGCUUUCGCCCGCCUAUAUUUACCAGAAUGCCGAGUACAUGGUCGGUCAGUAUCGCCGUCGUCUACGCCAAAGUCUCACAAGUGAGAGGGUGACGUGUCUGCCGGGAUGCUGCCAGCUACUACGAGUUGAGGACUCUACAUGUGGCGACGACAUCACGAAGAAAUUCGGAUACUAUCCCAAGGAAACCGAUGGCCUAUUCCGAACCAUCCAAUCCAUGAUGAGUGAGGAUCGAGAUCACAUAUGUCUAGUGUUAUCAGAGAACCCAGACGUCAAAACACGUCUGUGCCUAGGUGCAAAAGCCUACACCACAGCCCCAACCAAAUUCUCCGUCUUUCUAAGCCAACGCCGCCGAUGGACCCUCGGCCCACUCACAAGCGACAGUCUCCUCUUCUGCCGCAAGUACACCGGCUGGACCGAGCGACUCGCUGCCCUUGGCUCCGUCUUAACCUGGAUCAUCGGUCCCUCCCUCUUCUUCGCCCGCUACCAAUCCCAACUCGACGCCCGCACCGUCCUCGUCCUCGUCUUCAUUGAAGCCUACCGCAAGUUCUGGGACACGCUCACCAUUCUCAUGUGCGCACAGUCGCUCAAGGACGGAGUGCAAUUGGCUGUAGGGGUACUGAUUUACUACCGAGUUGGCCCAAUUAUUGGCCAGAUGACGCAAAUGUACACACUGCUCAAGAUGGAUGAUUUCAGGUGGGGGAAGACGCGGAUUGCAAUUGCGCAUAAAUGA